CAUAGUACAUUUAGUACGGAGUCAUAACGCAGUCAAAUGUAGUUAAAAUUUAUUUCAAUCUUUUAAAAUGCAUACAAUAUCUUUAUUUAUUAUAUGCAUAGUUAUUAAUAUGGUUCAUGGGGUACUUUUUCACGAGCCAUCGUCAAUAGAAAUAACUCCAUCAGAAAAUAUAGAAAAUAUGGCGUUUGGGUUUUCAAUAGGUUAUCAAAAAUCAGGAAAAUUGGUGAUUGGUGCACCGUACAGCGAUCUAAACGGACAAGUAUAUACAUGUGCUAUUGAAGAUAUGUUGAAAAACAACGGCGUCUGUAAAAAAGUUAACAUAGACGUGGAAGGACUCACGGUAAAUUCUACUAGAGAAGAUUAUCCCGAUCGACAUUACUGUCUUGGUGCGUCAAUUAUUGCGACGGACGACUACUUUUUGACUUGUGCCCCAUUUUGGAAGUCAUCGUACGAUAAAAUUGAACCAGGUGUUACCUCCAGCUCGUAUGGUACAUGUUUUAUUUACAAUGAAACAGCAUAUCUUUAUAAUGGACCUUACGAACAAUUCAUAGAACACAAGAUAAAUAGACAUUCUUUUGGUAAUGGACUUGGUUGGACUUCAUUAUAUGAUCAAAGCAAUCAUUUGAUACUUUUAUCCAAGAUAUUUGACAGAGGCUACUUUAGUUAUAUUUCAAGUGAAGAUCCUCUAAAGCCUUCAUGGUCAAUAGAGAACCUUGGUAGUACCUCGCGGUUUCAAACUAUGGUCAAUAAAUUCCGUUAUAUUGGAUCUGCGCUUGCAUUGGGAACGUUCCUUUUUUCUGGUGUAAAUCAAACAUUGUAUGCAUUUAGUAUGCGAACAGAUGACACAUAUGGAAAGAUAUCAUUUCUAAGAUAUAAAAAUAAAAAACUAUAUUUGGUGCCACGUAUCAGCAUCGACUUUGAAGCGAUCAACACAAUGUUCGGCUCAGCGAUGCUUGGGGUGGAUAUUAAUUCUGACGGAUACACGGAACUAUUGGUGGGGGCACCCGCGUAUUAUGAAGACGAUGCCUAUGAAACAGGCGCUUUGUAUAUCUAUAUAGGGGGAGAUUUGGCCACUAUCGGAAGCAGGAACAGAACGCGGUUAAUUGUUGGCAAUAAAGUGGGCGCGAGGUUUGGUAGUGCUAUUGCUUCGACUGACGUCGACGGAGACGGUUUCCCAGAGGUGAUUGUGAGUGCUCCUUACGAAGACUUUGGUAAUGGCGCCGUGUACAUCAUAUAUGGAAAAGAAUUGAACAAGAAAUGUAUGAAAGGCAACGAUUUUAAGACAGAAACAAUGUCCCUCUCACAGUUUGUGUCGACACAAAGAAUUCAGAACGAAGACUUCAAGUCCUUCGGAGUCACGCUACAAGUUAUCAAUGAUAUAGAUAAUAAUGGAGCUGACGAAUUGGCUGUGGGUUGUCCUGAGAGCUCGCGCGUAAUUUUGUAUCGAGGGAUACCUUCAGUAGAGGUGACUGUAUCUUCACAACUCGUUGGUGAUCAGGUGGUUCGAAUAAAGGCAAAGAAUUUUAAGGUUCGCGUGGUGAUUGAUACAAACAUUCAUGAAAAGCCACUGAACAUCACUGGAAAUUUGUUGAUUGAAAACAGUGUUGUGGGUGAUGGUGUACAAAUAAGAGACGACCAACAAUUGAAGACAAUUACUUUAUCAAGAAUUAACACAAAAUAUGUAAUUGAUGUUGACGUUGAUAUUAGUAAUGAUGAACCUGGUACUUACAAGUUUACGACUUCAGUAAAAUUAGACGAGACAAUGAUGGUACAAAAUGACGUAUUUGAUCCGUCGUCGGUGGUAAUUUAUCCAGAAAAUCCGACAUCAUCUCUGGACAUUGAGCGGCGAUGUUCAGGCGAGAGCUGCUUACCACAAUUGAACAUGACACUCGAGUGGUCUGGAAGUAAAACAUACAAGUUGGGAUCUACAAAGUCGGAGGAAGUGAUAAUGCGUUUCAAGAACUAUGGCAACAAUUCGUACGUGCAGACAUGCGUUUAUUUGAGGAUCCACGGAGGGCGCGUGGGAAGGAACACUUGCGACGAACAAGACGGAACGUUUAAGUGUUUACUACCAUUGCCGAUAAAGAGAAAUGAAGAGCAUAUUUUAAAAUUACCUAUAGACAUGAGUAGCCCGUCAAACGAUGUUAAUACUUUAGUGUUUGAUGUGAAAUUCUAUAACAGCAGCUGCGUUAUGCAAACCCAAUACCAAGAAAAGCAACUCAUCGUACCUUUAGAAUUGGACGCUGAAGAAAUUGCAGUAAAUGGUGCGUCACGUGACCGAGUGAUUACUGACAGUGACGUGCUGGAUAAGUCAGUGGAAACUUGUGAAAAUGCUCAUGAAUACAUGAUUAUAAACAAUGGCAGCAUACUGUGGAAUAAUGUCCGUGCUAUUAUUAAAUGGGGGAAUCAAAUCUUUAUUAAAGAAUAUAAAAUAUUCCAAACUUCUGUAACAACGGACUGUGACAGACAAGAUACAAAUAAAGAGGUGACAUAUAUAUGUGUACUAACUUUGGAACCGAAUUCUAUAUAUAAAAUUAUUCCAUCCACAAUAAUAAUGGAAGAAGACGUUGAGAAAUAUCGAGUUGGAGACACACUAAAUGUAACUUCAAGUCUGGAGUUGUAUUUGACUCCUACAGAAACAAAGAAAGUGUUCUCAUUGACUACAGUUAUCAAGUACAACAAGGAGCUAUCAAUUGGACAAAACAAGCCAUUAAUCAUAGCAAUAGCGGUCAUAGUGGCAUUAUUAAUAUUAGCUCUUGUCAUUUAUAUUCUACGUAAGAUUAGCUUCUUUAAUAGGAACACGAAAAAGAAAUUAAUACAAGAGAAAAGGGAAGACGAAUUAAGAAAAAGUGUGAAAAGACCGGCGCCUUCUGGAGCAAACGAUGUCACUACGAGCUCGGGUGGCACAGGAGUUCAAAAUAAAGCCAUGACAUCUACUGAAUUACCAUUCAAGCCAGAAUGCCAAGAUAUAGACGUUUGUGAUGAAGAUAAUCUCAUCACGACACGGGAAAUUGAAGUUCAUUAGAACAUUGUAAUAUUUAAGUUAAUAAACAAAAUUGUUACUUGAA